UUAAACGGUUUGAAAACUGGAUUUUAAAGCUAAAUCUGUACAUUUUUGGUAUAAAUAUGUUAUUAUGGCUAAAAAGCAGUAAAAUUCUAAGCCUUCUUUAAUUCUCUGUUUCCACUUUUAAUUUUGACAUUUCACCCAAACACCGCAGGAAGUGAUGCAAACUGAACGGUUUUACAGAASCUGCAGCAGAGACACCUGGAGAGUAAAAACCAGAAGCUCCCAGUGAAGCAUUUCCACUCUAAACUGGUUGGGCAGCGUCAGGACGAGUCSCUGAAUAUUUAGAACAGAAGUCGGGUCAAACCUGCAGGAUGUCUGCAGAGCUGAACAAACAGAGCCACGGUUACCUGCCGACAGGUGAAUCAUGUCGGCAGGUUUUCUAAACGCUUCUGUCUCUCUGCAUGAUUCUAAAACAGAAACUGAAGUAAAUAUUCACAACAUAAGAUUCUUAGCAGUCAAAACCAAACAUAACAAUGUUUAAUUCAUUUGACUUUUUCCAAAAAUACCAACAACGAAAUGCUAAUUCAAAGAUUUGAUCUGAUUUCUUUCCUGAAAACGCAGGAUGGUGUCAGACGUGACCUGCUUUUGCUCCAAGAUAACCGUCUCCUCAACUCAGGGGAACAUGGACCAUGGGCAGAAGAUGCGGGACAGAUGUGAACCACCAUCUCGACUUUUCUCUCUUCUGAGAAUAAGUACAGAGAAGCUCAGUUUAUGUGUCAUGAAAUCAACCUGCUGGACCUGAGAUGAACAAAGACGGGUUUCACAGGCCGUCCAAAGGCAAACACACCUCCUCACUGCUGGGGAGCAGCAGGUUUUUCAUGGACGUUACUGGAACUCUGAGCCAUUUGAAGUGUGAGCUGCCAGGUAAAGAAAAUGAGGAGAACUGAUCAACCCGCAGAAGACAAGAGCUGUCUCACCAUGUCCCGAAGUCAGUGCUGCUUCUUCGUCAUGUUGGUUCUGGGGGUUGUGGUUUUUUCCUGCUGCACAAACAUAAGAAACAUGGAACCUGAGUGGAACUUUACAUGGCUGAUGCUAAAUAACUCAACAAACACCACUGCUGAGCUUCCUGAAGCCACGAGCGUCACCACAACACAGGAGCCACCGACUCGACGGGUCACCAAGGMGACGCURGAAACCCAAAAUGGCCGACGACGGACAGCGGCUCCUUAUGUGUCUCCUGGACCGUACCUGGUGGAGUAUCCCUAUGAGUACCACUUCACUAUCAACGAGGAACUGAAGUGUAAGCAGGAGAAGCCGUUUGUGGUUCUGAUCGUACAAGUGGCGCCACGCAACCGAGCUCAUCGCGACGUCAUCCGUAGCAGCUGGGGAAGCGAGAAGCUGGCUAACAACCAGGUGGUGGCGCUGUUCUUCCUGCUGGGGAUGCAGACUGGAGACGAUGCAGAGCAGGUCCACCAGCAGCUGCUGCAGGAGAGCAAAGAGCAUCAGGACCUGAUCCAGGGAGACUUUGUGGACUGCUACAAGAACCUGACCAUAAAGACCAUGGUGAUGCUGGAGUGGCUGAACUCCUGCUGCUCCAGCGCCGCUUACGCCAUGAAAAUCGAUUCUGACAUGUUUCUAAAUGUUCCCAAUCUGGUCAACUUGCUCCUCAAAGCUCCCAGGACCAACUACAUGACCGGCCUGGUGGCACACGGAGGACGAGUCUCCAGGGAUCCCAAGUCCAAGUUCUACGUGCCUGUGGAUCUGGUCAGCCAUCGUUUCUACCCUCCCUAUGCUUUGGGUCUGGGCUACAUUUUGUCUUUGGAUCUCACCACAAAGCUCAUUGWGGCUUCCAGACACGUUAAACCUCUUUACAUUGAAGACGCAUAUUUGGGCCUAUGUAUGAGACACCUGGGUGUCCGUCCAACAGCACCACCAAACUGGAACCUCUUCCGUGUUUUGCCUUUGAAAUACAGUCGCUGUGCGUACUCCAAGGUCAUCGCCACCACAGUUCCAGAAAACAUGGAUCGUGUGAAGACUUGGAAAGACUUUAAGAAACCGGGUCGGUACUGUUGAUUAGUAAAACGCAUCCUGUGCUGAUGAUUCUGUUUUCCAUGAAACUUGGAUAUUGUAAAUGGGAAUAAAGAGCUAAUCUUAGUUCAGUGCAGAGAAGAUAAAUGGAAAUUGUUCUGGGAAUUUGCCAGGUGAAGGAGGAAAUUCUGGAUAUCAUCAGUUUUCAUUUGACUUUUAGUUCUGUAACCAUGAAUACAGGUAUUUUUUUUUCUCUCGGUCAUAAAAUUAUAUAAGAUUUCCAUAGCAACAUGUGAGAAAACGGAAAACAUGAGACACUUAACUGGUUUUAUAUAAUCUUUAAAUGUUGUAUUAGGAGCGAAGAGGUAAAAGUGCUGAUUGUGGAAGUUAUUUUUUGAACAUAUUGGUUCCUGACAUUCAGCUAAACAUGAAUUCAUAACAAAAUGCUGAGAGAUUCAGCAGUUUAGUGAGAAACGGACAUGAAGACACUCAGAUAUGUGGGUCUAAAAUAAUAAAGCAGGAAGGGAAAUAUGAAAACAACCCAAACGUUUAUAUUUUUAAAUGUCAGUUUAUAAAAUGUUGCUGGUCGUUUAGUUGAAGCUGUUUUAAAACGUCAGCAUUAUGAACAUCAUGUUCAUAAAAAUGCUUUUUUUUAUUUCCACUCCAAACAUAAAACUGUCUUUUUUUAUAAAACCUUUUGAAAAUGUGUGUGGGAUGGAGUUACCCAAAUAUUAGCCGGAUUUCUCUUCAAUGCUGUUGAAUAAUGCGAUAUUUGAAUUAAUUUUGCCUCAAGAAACAAUUUCCUGACAUCACUGGAGCUAUCAAUCAACACAGUCUGUUGGUUUAUAUCAACUAAAUUCACUUUUUCCUCAAUUUAAUCCUCUGUAUUAAGUCAUGUAACCGCUGACAGUCAGGGAGUGGAGACAUCAUCCUGUGUUGUGAGUAAAUUGUUUGCAGCUUUUUGAGAAUUCAGCUUUUGGUGCAAACAUGCGGAUCUUUCAUCCUGGUCCUUGUAAAAAGCUCGAGCUGUCUACGUUAAAAAGCUGGAUGCAGUCCUGGUCGUCUGUAAACUGACUGGAAGUUUCUCCUUCAUGUACCUGAACAGCACUAAGACUUUCUGCUGGUCUUAAGGGAAAUGUUGGAUAAAUGUUUUAAUCGAAUGGCUCUGUUUGCAUGAAUGACUAACCAGUCAAUAGUUCACUCAGCUGGAUGUCAGAACACAGCGGAAAACUCAACACACCUUCUUUUAUUACUGCUUGUGUGAUGCACACAGGUUAAAGUUUAGAUUCACCUGAUAACACAUGUAGCCUUUUAUACCUGUAAGCCAAAGUUGAAAUUGAGUCUUGAAAUAUAGAUUCAUGUUGGUUUUUGUGGUCAUGGCUGUUCUGAAGUGCUCAGCAGUUUAACAUGUUUGAUCAAGAAAAUCAUCAUUGGACCAUCCUGCAGACUGUUUAAACAGAAAAGUACAUUUGUUUUCAGAUAUGGUGAAAUAUAAUUAACAAAUGGACUGAGACGCUGCCCUGCGACAGACUGGCGACCUGACCAGGUGACCUGUCCAGGUGACCACGCCUCUCGACCAGAACAUCAGCUGGAGAGGAACCAGCA